CACAAACAGAGUUUUGGAUAUCAUUCGGGGUAGUGGUAGUUGCAAUCUGCUGCCAGUUAGAUCGACAUCACGUCAUGUCUCCUAGAACCAUCAGUGCGUGGAUUCUUGUCCUGUGGAUUAGUUGCUGUGAGCUGGAAUCAGCCUGCGGCAGGGAAUACCAACUGAGGUUCACCCGUCCAGAUGGAACAGGAUUUCGCACUGAAUCGGUGGUCGAGGAUGCGGAAGGCCAUCGACAGAUCGAGGGAGAAAUUCGACAAUCUUACAAAGAAGGAGGCACUCUAAUCCUCUUUUACAAGGCUGGUCCUGAUGGAUAUCGCAGUCGUUACACGUACGAGACAGGCGCACCUCUGAAUGGUACGACCUUCAUAAAGAGAAUCGGUGUGAAUGCUUUGAAAUCUUCAGCGGGCUAAACUUCAGCAAAGUAUGUAAUGUAAUGUGUUCUAUAAAAUAUUCUUAUGAAUUAAAAUUCGGUUUUAAUUUUUAACUAA